AUGCUGUCGAGACCCAGCACCGCUGGCAGCGCCUCGUCGGACCGCUUCGUCAAGAUCGUCGAGGUCUCGCCCCGCGAUGGGUUGCAGAACGAGAAGCAGGUGGUGCCCACCGAGAUCAAGCUCGAGCUCAUACGGCGCCUCGGACAGACGGGCUUGCGCGUCAUUGAGGCCGGCGCCUUUGUCAGUCCCAAAUGGGUGCCCCAGAUGGGCGAUACCCCCUCGCUGCUCCGCUCGCUCCCCCUGCCGCCCUCAUCCUCGUCCUCGGCCUCUGCGAUGAGCUACCCGGUCCUCGUGCCCAACGCCAAGGGGCUCGACUCGCUCCAGGAGCUGCUGCGCUCGGUGCCGCAGGGCCAGGCCGCGCCCACCGACGAGAUCGCCAUCUUUACCGCGGCGAGCCAGUCGUUCUGCAAGGCCAACACCAACUGCACCAUCAAAGAGUCGCUCGACCGCCUGUCGCAGGUGACGUCGCGCGCGCUCCAGUCCGGGCUCAAGGUGCGCGGCUACGUGUCGACGGUGGCGGGCUGCCCCUACGAGGGCGACAUCGACCCGGAAAAGGUCGGAGAGGUCAGCAAGGCGCUGCUCGACAUGGGCUGCUACGAGGUGUCGCUGGGCGACACCAUUGGCGUCGGGACGCCCACCAAGAUGGAGGCGGUCCUCGAGGCCUCGAUGCGCAAGAGCGGCAGGGGCGCCGACGUGUUUGCGGCCCACUGCCACGACACGUUUUCGACGGGCCUCGCCAACGUGCUCCACCUCGUCGGGCUGGGCGUGAGGACCGUCGACUCGUCCGUCGGUGGCCUCGGCGGCUGCCCCUACUCGCCCGGGGCGACGGGCAACAUUGACACCGAGAGCGUCGUGUUUGCGCUGGAAAAGGAGGGCUACCGCACCGGCGCCGACCUCGAGCGGCUCGCCGAGAUUGGCGAAUGGAUCACGGCCCAGAUUGGGCGCGAGACGAACGCGAGCAACACGGGACGGGCCAUCAUGGCCAAGAGGAGGCUCAAGGCCAAAAAGGAGGCCGAGGCGCAGACCAAGGCCAAGCUCUAG